CUCCAUAUAUAUAAAGCAACUGCCAUUUGCAUAACUUUCUUAACGCAAUUGUAUCUCUCAAUUUUCCCCUUUGUGUAUUAUAAUCAUGAGCCGACAUCCUACUAUCAAGUGGGCUCAGAGGUCUGAUAAGUUGUUUAUUACGGUGGAGUUACCGGAUGCCAAGAAUGUGAAGCUGAAACUGGAACCAGAAGGAAAAUUCUUGUUCUCUGCAACUGCAGGAGAUGAUAAUGUACCGUAUGAAGUGGAUCUCGAUCUGUUUGAUAAAAUUAAUGUUGAUGAGAGCAAAAGUAGUACUACCUCUAGAAGUAUCGUGUAUCUAGUGAAGAAGGCGGAAGAGAAGUGGUGGAGCAGACUGAUAAAGCAGGAAGGAUUACGUCCGGUAUUUUUGAAAGUUGAUUGGGACAAAUGGGUUGAUGAAGAUGAAGAAGACGGUAAACCUGAGCCGGAUAUGGAUUUCGGUGACAUGGACUUUUCGAAACUCAACAUGGGAGAAGGUCCUAGUGAUUUUGAUGCUGAUGUGCCUGAGGGAGACGAUGAUGACAGCGACACUGAAGAAAUUGAGGAAGAAGAAAACUCUGAACCUAAGGCAGCAGUGCCUCUAAGCACCGAACCCAAAGUGAAAGCUUGAUGCGUUUGUAACAUUGAAAACUUUUAAAUGCUUGAGUUUGAGUCUGGUACUUCAUCUAGCUAUGGUUAGAGCUGUAGUGCAGGAAAUGUUUGAUGAUCAGUUCAUGAUAUAUUUGAAGGAUCUGAAAGUGCUGGUGUCCUCUUUGAACGUUGUUAUCAUCUACUCCACUCGCAUCAUGCGCAUUACAUA